AUGGACGAUCGUUUGUACAAUCUCUUCGUUUCUAAUGCCUACAACCCCAAAGAUAUCUACUAUUCAUGGUGGCAACUACUCCAGCAACAGAAAGAUACUGGCACCAUGCGCAUACUGCAGCUUUUUACGGAUAUGACCGGUUUUGACUACAGUGUCGAGGCUGCAGAUUUGCAGUUACUAAGCGAAGAUGCUAAUCACUUACUCGAGGAGAAAAUAAUCAAAGCGCCAUUCGAGAGAGUAAACAUUUUGGAAGAUAGAAUAUUUUUAGUCAACUUUGAUAAAUUCUUGGAAUUUGCAAUCGCACACGAAUGGAAGGAACUAAUGCGCGAGAACGACUGGUUCAACAAGAGUGUUAUGUUCGUCAUGGCGCUUGCCAAUAGCGAUUGUGACGAAUGUGUGAUGAUGGGAUCGUUGAUUGCUACGCACAUUCUUCCAAAUCUAUGCAUGGUGCGGGUUAGAUUGGAGGACGAUAUCGCAAGGGUCAGCUGCUGGAGAGAUAGUCAACGUAAAAGUUCACUGCAAAAGAAACAGAACUACAUUGAUCAAAUUUGCCAAGUUCUGAUACCGGACAUUAAGCAUGGAUUAAAAUAUUUGACUGUAGCGAACCAUAUAAUGGAUAAAAUCUUCGAAACCAUCAUUGCGUUCCCGGAACUAAUGAUAAUAACAUACGGUCAGCUGGAACUGAUCAGCGCUGGGUUGCACUGGAAGAAUGCGAAGGUCGUUCAUACAGCGUUAAAAUGCUUAAAAGUUCUGAUUGUUGAUUUGUGCAGCCCAACAACGAAAGAAACAGUAGCAUUGUUUAUUCUAAAGAUGGAAACCAAGCUAACACGUGUAAUGGAAAAAUUCAAAGCGACUGAUAUGAAAAUUUUGAACCUAUUUUUAGCUGCCCUGGGCGUUGUGGGUAAUAUACUUCUACGCGCAGAAACGGCAGAACGAAUUGUUCUAAAAAUGUUUAGCGCGAACGAAAAUGUAGUAAAUGCCGCAAUCGAUCUACACGGAAUCUAUUGCACCUCUAUUAAACCGCCGGACGAGGUAGAAAUCAGUGCGCUCAUAGCAAUAUUGGACGUGUUUGAGCGAUAUGACUAUCCGUUAGGGUCAUUCAACACAGUUAUUGAAAAGCUAUGGGUGAAGGGGUUCUUCCGUAAAUUUGAUGGGUUGUUUGAGAUGCUUUCGGAGACUAAGACACGGCCAAAUGCUACCUUUAUCACCAACUGCACAGCGCAAGUGAUCAACUACUGCCACCAGCUACUAAUGGACGACAUUAGGACGAAGAUUUCACCUUCGUAUUAUCCACACGACACAGUUGACUGGCACGUUAUACGUAAACGCAUAUAUAGCUUCAUGAAAGGUUAUCCCAACUGCUUGAAAGAAGCUUCCAGCUCACCUAAUGCUUACAUCUUGCUAUUAAACUGUCUAAAUCCGGAAAACAACGAGCUGUACCGUUUACUUGAAGUAGAUUGUGAAGGAUACCACGUGGAAGUUUUGUUCGAUGUUCUCUCAAACAUAGCUUUGAAUGAAACUUCCUACUCGGUGCUUUUCCACACGCUGACAACCAUCAACAGCUUCGACACCAUUGCCCACAUUACGGAAGAUGUUUGGACCCAACUGACCGAGAAAUACUACACCUUCUUCUUUCACACGCGCAGCCGUUUGAGAAGCUACAAUUUGGGUAUAGAUAUGAAGUUGAUGGGAACGUACGCCACGGCCAUAACACGGCUCUGCGUGCUCAUAGAGAUAAAUAACACGUCCGAGGACGCUUUUACUCUUGCUGAAUAUUUGGCAAACGAUCUACGACUUUUGGGGAAGAUGAAGCUCACCAACGACUCGGAAGGUAUCUUUUAUCGGCUAUACAAAAAUGCACUGUACGCCGUCGCAAAAUGUUGCCUGGAGCAGCCGUACAAGAAACAUCCUGGGAUAAAAUUCGAGCAGUUCGGUAAACGAGUACAAGCAUUUAUGGCCAAAUUGGUUGAACAGUUGAAUUUUUGCGACUGUUCGUUUACUGUUGCAAACCACGUGGCGAAUGCUCUUUGCAAUAUGCUAAUCCUGACGCAGGAAUCAUACGCCAGCUUACUACCGGUUCCCUUGAAGCAGAUCACGUACCGCAUCGAACCAGAGGUAUUACAUAAGCUUGCUAAGUACAUAGAACGUCACGUGUUCGUCAUGAAGACGGCAGCAGAAGAGGACACCAAUUGUCUGUUGGCCAGGAAACUUAUGCUCGCCACUUACAAUAAUGUAUAUGAGUUGCAUCACGCAUUACCACAACAGAAGGAUACAUAUUGUAUAUUGAAAUAUUACGAGGAAAACAAACCGUUUGCCGAAGAACUGGAACAGCUCUUAAACGUACUGUUUGGGAACGAUAGGAACGAAUUUUACACUAUUGUUGCGCAAGUAGUUACUGAAUGUUGUGCAAAAUCCAAAUUUAACGCUAAAGUGAAGAAGUUUAUAUUCAGCCUGCAUCAUUUUCAAGCAAAACACUUACCAGUGGAGGAUAAAGGAGAUUUCUCAUUGAAUAUCAUACAAUGUAUCAUCGAUAAAAUAUUGAUGGAAACUGAUGCUGGAAAUGGUAUUCAACGCAGCGAAACUAAACUGCUUAAACUCUUUGAUGUACUGAAACCCUGGGUUAUUAAAUUACCUUCGAAUUGUAGCAAUGAGCUAUAUCAAUUUAUUCGACAGCAUGAAAAUUUUUCAAAUCUCACGGAGGCACAUUCAGUUGUGCGCACUCAUUUACUAAAAUUCCUGAAAACAGUCAAGAAAUAA